CACUAAACUGGACUAUCCAAUGACUCAGGGAUGUCACUCAUGUUUGGCUGAAUUUGACCUAUGUCCAAAAGUCUUCCUUAGGACUUCCCUGGUGGUCCAGUGGUUAAAACUCCACCCUUCCAGUGCAGGGGGGCGUGGGUUCGAUCCCUGGUCGGGGAACUAAAAUCCCACAUACCGCUCCCACAUACCGCGUUGUGUGGCUAAAAAGAAAAAAAAAAAGCCCUGUAUUUCAGAUCCCCAUUGAAAACAUCAGCUCCUGGGGUUGGAGAUGCCCCUCCCCCCACCCCACUUUGCCUGUGUCUUUACCAGCAUCAUUGGUUGAAGGUGUCUAUCAACUACCUAAUCAGCCCUUCAUGCCCUGGGCUAUGGGGGUGUUCCCUAGGAAACUGAGAAACCCACCUUAGACACCAAUGAGACUCUGUCAGGAGCUUGCACAGUGGGUCCCAGUGAUAACUUUUGUCUCUGUCCCCACCCCCACCCCCAUCCCCCACAAGCUUCCAGCCCACGGGACGUGGCCAGGCCCAGGGUGGGGGACUAGAUCCCCGAGUUGAGUAACCAGAGCUGGGGGCUCCUGCCUGAGGACUCCAGCUUCUCUUCUUCAGGUGCCUGUCUGAUGAGGAGAUGGCUGAUGCCCAGAACGUUUCGCUAGACAGCCCAGGGAGUAUGGGGGCUGUGGCAGUGCCCGUGGUCUUUGCCCUCAUCUUCCUGCUGGGCACAGUGGGCAAUGGGCUGGUGCUGGCAGUGCUGCUGCAGCCCGGCGUGAGUGCCUGGCAGGAGCCGGGCAGCACUACGGAUCUGUUCAUCCUCAACCUGGCAGUGGCCGAUCUCUGCUUCAUCCUGUGCUGCGUGCCUUUCCAGGCCGCCAUCUACACGCUGGAUGCCUGGCUUUUUGGGGCCCUCGUUUGUAAGGCUGUGCACCUGCUCAUCUACCUCACCAUGUACGCCAGCAGCUUCACACUGGCGGCUGUCUUGGUGGACAGGUACCUGGCCGUUCGGCACCCGCUGCGCUCGCGGGCCCUGCGCACGCCGCGCAACGCCCGCGCCGCCGUGGGUCUGGUCUGGCUGCUGGCGGCGCUCUUCUCGGCGCCCUACCUCAGCUACUACGGCACCGUGCGCUACGGCGCGCUCGAGCUCUGCGUGCCCGCCUGGGAGGACGCGCGCCGCCGCGCCCUCGACGUGGCCACCUUCGCCGCCGGCUACCUGCUGCCCGUGGCCGUGGUGAGCCUGGCCUACGGACGCACUCUGCGCUUCCUGUGGGCGGCCGUGGGUCCCGCGGGCGCGGCGGCGGCCGAGGCCCGGCGCAGAGCCACGGGCCGCGCGGGGCGCGCCAUGCUGGCGGUGGCCGCGCUCUACGCCCUCUGCUGGGGCCCGCACCACGCGCUCAUCCUCUGCUUCUGGUACGGCCGCUUCGCCUUCAGCCCGGCCACCUACGCCUGCCGCCUGGCUUCGCACUGCCUCGCCUACGCCAACUCCUGCCUCAACCCACUGGUCUACGCGCUCGCCUCGCGCCACUUCCGCGCGCGCCUCCGCCGCCUGUGGCCCUGCGGCCGCCGCCGCCCCCGCGCCCGCUGCCUCCCGGGCGCCCGCCGCGCCCUCCGUCGCGUCCGCCCGGCGUCCCCAGGCCCUGCCGGCUGCCUCGCGGACGCUAGGCCUCGCGGGCGGCUGCCAACGGGCGGCGGCUGGGGCGGGGAGCCGGGUCGGGAGCCGGCCCGCGGCAGAGAGGCUGGCCGGGCCCUGCCUGCCCGAGGAGCGGAAUAAACCUUGUCUGCCUCCACUCUGCCGGGUGUACGUAUGUCUGUCAUUCCCCUUCCCCCUGCACAGGACGCCCCUAGGGGAUGGGGCCAAAGCCAGGAGCCCUCUGAGGAGGACUGGCUAAGCUGGGGACAGACACUCAGUCCACUGAGUGGACACCCCUGGGCGGUGAAAAUGGUUCAACACAGCCAAGUGCGCGCACUUUUAGCUAGGCAGCCCCAAGACGCUGUCCAUAACCGGUCUGGCAAGAAGGAGGGCAACCCGUCUGCGCAUC